AUGUCGAGUUGUUUAAAGAAGAAACACGUUAUGAAUGAGAUUUUAAGCGGCGAUGUAGAAAUCAAAGACGGACAUCAAUUAGUCAAAGUACUAAAAACUCAGGGUAAUCACCUGUACGAAGUUCAAACCACAGAUAAUCGCCAAUUUUUAGUUUCAAUGCCAUCCAAGUUCAGAAAUACAAUUUGGAUAAAACCCGGUUCUUUUGUGAUUAUUGAAUUCAUCGCCGAAGGCAAUAAAGUCAAAGGAGAAAUUGUAAAAAUUUUAUUGAAAGAACACGUUAAAGAAAUGAAGAAAGAUUCACGCUGGCAGCAAGAAUUCGACAUUUUUGAACAAUCAAUAUCGAACGAGGAUAAUCAAAUCAAAUCAACGAGUUCUUCGGAAGAGGAAAGUAGUUGA